UACAUAAAUAAUUUUUUUUCUAAGGAACCAGUCGUUAUUUGGGGUGGGAGUGGGUAUUUGAGAACCACAUAGUUUUCUUGGGGAACUGUUGGGGAUUCACUUGUUAUCAACAGAGGCUAAAGGAGGAUCUGUAAAAAAUUGACAGUCAAAAUUGGGGUUUUAUAAGAAUAUUACAGAGCCUUAUGGGAGGAUCAGGUACAUUUAAUUUUGACCCAACCAAAAUUCUCUGAUCCCCCGCACCCCCUCCCCCCUCAAAUUCUCACUCAGGUGAUAGAUGAAUGACUUGUCCAGAUCUUGGACUUUCUUUCCGGGUGGGGAUUACAAAAUGCGUCUACAAAGUUCAUUAAACGCAAGACAGGUAUUCAAAGUUUGCUGCAGGUUUCAUUAUCGUCAAACCUUUUUCAGUUGUUCCCGAGUUAAAAGCAAAAGCGACUGCAUUGAUUUCCCAACAAUAGGAAAAGGAUUCAAAAACGGUAUCUCCAGUUCUUUUAUGAUUAGUGGUUGCUACAAAGUCCACAAAAAUGGACAGCCGACUUUGAUCGAACACUGCUGUUUGAUGGCGGAGGGAAAUUCCUGGACCAUAUUAGUCAACUGCCGACCAUAUUCUAAUCAACGCAAGAGGAAGAAAAAGUGGCGAAAUAUAAUGGAGGUCUACCCCGAUGCUGAGGUGGAGAUAAAACACAACGAUAUUGAGUUGAAGUUGCCUGUGCUAACAAAAAAUCUCGAGGUUGCUGCUUUUGGAGUGCCAAGAGAAGAUGACCAGAAACGAAUGCAAAUGGCGAUCUUUGGAAAAGAGCCCACACAAGGUCGCAAUUGGAAUAUUCGGGUAUAUUUGAUAGAUGAUUCAACGAUGGCGUUUAAGAUGGUUUGCAAGAAAGAAGAAGAAAAAGGGAACCGACUUCUUACAACUCUUUCAGGCUUGUUUGUGUCCAACAGCAAGGAAAACAUCAAAAUUGAGUUAACUGAUCUGGAUCCAGGAUGGGAGAUAAAAGGAGCCAACGUAAAGGUGAUAAGUAUAAAGACUGCAUGGAAUUCGCCUGAAAACUCCGUAAAUUUCCCUCUCUGUGUCUUUAAAGUAAGUCACGUGGAUCUCACGAAGCAGCAGUUCUUUUGCGAAAUAACAGUCUCACAUGAUCAUGACAGCGCCAAUACUGAGAUGGUGGCUUUUUUCGAGCAGAGACGAGGCGUAGGAGUGAAGCAGCCAAAGAAACAUAAAGGCAACCCCGUGAAACCUCCACACGGUUCUCCUUUUUUGACCAGGAAAGUCCACCCAGUUGAAAUAUAUCUCUCGCUUCUUGAGUCACACUCUCACACGAGGCUCCAGAGACGAAUGGAUCCAGUGUUACUGACUGAUUUCCUAAAAGAACUGGGAGAGUUUAUCUACAUGAAAAUUUUCAGGCAAACCUGGGCCGGGUUGUUCAAAGCUGGGUUAAGAUAAACCAGGGUUACCGUAAAAGCUGAUUUCAGAUCUGAAAGCUUUAAAAGGAAAUUCAAUGGAAUUCCUUUUGUCUACAACUUGGUGUUUGGAUGCUCUAAAAAGUGUAAGGAAUGUUAUCCCAUAAAAGACUUGUGAACAAAGGAUUAAAGAAACCCUGAUUAGAAUUUAACCUUGGGUUAGUGCUAAUUAGCCUUCGAACAACUGGGCCCUAGUUUUUUCCUUUAACCCUAGCGCUUCCCAGUGUACCAUCCUCUGUGGGCAUCCUCUCUGAAGGUCCUUCAGGCUUUAUUUGCACACGUCGACAUAGGAUUUUAUAUAGCGGGUAGAGGAAGCGGUCCGCAUGAUUUUGCAGACCGUCUAAUAAAUAUUUAAUCUCAAGGGCGAGAGAAAGAAAUUCGAGUGAAAACAACUAUGUUGAAGCCGUGAGAGUUUACAAGACUUACAUACCUUGGUAAACAUAAUGUGGCUAACUUCAGGGCUCUGUGAUAGAAUACAGCUUUAUUAAGGCAACCACUGAGCGUUUUAGGACGAUGUAUUAUUAUGGUAUUAACAAUUUCGUGCUUCUCAACAAGAUGUUAAUCUCAUGUGGUUUUCGUAAGUUUCGAUGGUGAAUAUUUUAAUUUCAUGAAAGCAAACUGCUUUUUCCAAGCUCCACCAGGCUAGCACAAGUAUUUUAUUUCCCUGAGAUUUUCUUCACUUGUAGAAUUUGCGAGCAUUUGGUACGAAAUUAAGCAUGAGGUUAGAGGUUUUACACAUGCUUCGCAGGCUUGUUUUGUAUUCUAGGUGAAGCUUAUAACCCUAAAAGCUUUCGCAGUUCCACGUUUCUAAAGUUGCAGUGAUCAGGUUAACUUAGCAAUUAAAAGCUGAAAUGAAAAAUGUGCAAUUCCGAAAUAAUAAAGGUGUGCUGAAAAAGAG